AUGCCGUGCAUGAAAAUGUGCUGCUUUUAUCUGUCCACACGUUUAGGCAGCAUUAUCGUUGGGAUACUUUCCAUUUUACAAGUUCUGAUUCCAGCGCUAAUUCUUGUUGCCAAUGGAGGGGAAGGCUACUUGAAGGCUGAAGCGUCGGACAUCAACAGCCACAUCAAUGACUUUGGUCAGGAAGAACUGUUCAUAAGUUUUCUACGUUUCACGGAAAAGGAUCCGGAAAUUGUAUUUCUUGCCGCGGAGACAUUUUGUGGCGUGCAUUUGUUGAGUUGCAUUUUGAUGAUUGUGGGAGCUUUGAAAGUGCAGAGAUACCUUCUUCUACCGUUCAUAGUAUUGGAUGUCAUUCGAUUAUGUGUUCUGUCAUUGAUCCACGUUACAGGAAUGAUGGUUAUUAAAAAGCAACUGAAUCUGGGAGAUUUGAUUGCAAUCACGAUUGCCGGUGGAUUUGGAUUACUUCUGCUAUUCUACAUGUGGGCAUGUGUCGUGGCGCUUUACCAAAUUUUCGGAAUUGUAACGACGGAAAAAUAUCGUUCGAUGUUCGGAAAUGACCCGACCACACCGGCAAGGAUUCCCACGGAGACUGUCAACUCGAAGGACUUAAGGCCUGUUAAAAAAGCAGAAAACUCACUAUAUUCGUACAAUUCAAACUAUGCGAGUGAAUAUCCUACAUACAAUCAGAACGAACAUUAUCGUUGAAUAUAGCAUA